AGUCCCCUAGACCACCUCUGUGAACUUCCAUUCCAGUUCAUCAUCACUCUGGUUCUCAUUCUUCAUCUUCUCAUCGAUUGAAUUAAUCUUGGUGGUGGUGGUGAUGGUGAAGUUCUCGAAAGAGCUUGAAGCUCAAUUAAUACCAGAGUGGAAGGAUGCGUUCGUAAACUACUGCCAGUUAAAGAAAUAUGUGAAGAAAGUUAGGCUUUCUAAAAAACCCAUUUCUGAUCAAACCCAUCUUCUUCAUCUUCAUAAUCAAGAAGAUGAUCCUCCUCAAUACGGGUUUUCUAUUUUCGAUCCUGUUCGUUAUGUUUUCAAGAAAUUAUCAGCUAAAUUUCAGAAUUCUUCUACUGAUCAAAGAGAGAUGAUAAUUCAGGUCAGAAACAAAAAUGGAGAAGGAGACGAAGAAUCUGUCUACCAAACGGUGCUACUUCACUUAUUUUCUGAAGAAGAUGAGGUAAAAGAAUUUUUCGAGAGACUAGACGAAGAAUUAAACAAAGUGAAUCAGUUCUACAAAAUCAAAGAAAAAGAAUUUCUAGAAAGAGGAGAGGCUCUCAACAAACAACUGGAAACUCUUCUUGAUCUCAAACAAAUUCUAAGUGAAAGACGCAGGAAAAAUCAUUUAUUAAGACUGGAAAGUGGAAGUCUUCCUCGAUCAAAUUCUUCAUCAGUUAGAAGUGCUUCAGAUUAUUCUGAGAGCGGAACCGAAAUGGAUGAGACUUCUCCGACAAACGAAGAUCGAAAAAAUGGAGUGAAUAAUUUUACCGGCGGGACUAGAACGAAAACAAAGAAGACGAGAAGUGGGUUAAGAAUUGAUAUUCCAGCAACGAACCCAACACGUACAAUAUCAGCUGUGACAACAAAGCUAUGGGAAGAUUUAGUAAAUAACCCUAAGAAAGAAGGCCAUGGGGACUCCGUUAACAGAAAGAAAAUCCAAUGUGCUGAAAAGAUGAUUAGAGGAGCUUUUGUUGAACUCUACAGGGGACUUGGUUUACUCAAAACUUAUAGCUCGUUGAAUAUGGUGGCCUUUGUCAAGAUACUGAAGAAAUUCGACAAGGUGGCAAAUGAAAGAGCAUCAAGUAGUUAUCUGAGAGCAGUGAAGAGAUCUCACUUCAUUAGUUCCGACAAGAUGGUAAGAUUGGGCGAUGAAGUGGAGUCCAUCUUCACAAAGCACUUUGCUAACGAUGACAGGAAAAAGGCAAUGAAAUUCUUAAGACCCCGAGAGAAUAAAGCCUCUCAUAUGAUCACCUUUUUAGUAGGACUGUUCACAGGCAGUUUCGUAGCCUUAUUUAGUGUAUACGCAAUCCUGGCACACAUGUCAAACAUCUUUAAGUCUGGAACUGAACCUGGAUAUCUGGAGACUGUUUACCCUGUUUUCAGCAUGUUUGCUUUCCUCAGUCUCCACUUGUUUAUGUACGGCUGCAACAUAUUCAUGUGGAGUAGCACUCGAAUCAACUACUCCUUCAUAUUUGAGUUCUCGCCGAGUACGACUCUCAAGUACAGAGAUGCCUUCUUGAUGUGUGCAUCUUUCAUGUCAGCGGUGGUCGGUGCAAUGGUUAUCCACCUUAUCUUGAGGUCAAGCCAUGUUGCACCAACUUAUGUCGACGCCAUUCCUGGAGUUCUCCUUCUGUGUUUCAUUGCAUUGCUCAUUUUCCCAUUCAACAUUUUCUACCGAUCAACUCGUUAUUGCUUCAUUAGGGUGAUCCGCAACAUUGUCUUCUCUCCAUUUUAUAAGGUUUUGAUGGUAGAUUUCUUCAUGGCUGACCAGCUCUGUAGCCAGAUUCCACUGCUUAGACACAUGGAGACUACAGCAUGCUAUUUUCUAGCAAAAAGUUUCAAAACGCACCAAUAUGAGAUCUGCAACCAGAGCAAGCUAUACAGAGAACUCGCAUAUGUGAUCUCAUUUGCGCCAUAUUACUGGCGAGCUAUGCAGUGUGCAAGAAGAUGGUUCGAUGAGGGCGAUGUUGCUCAUUUGGCUAACUUGGGGAAAUACGUCUCAGCCAUGGUUGCUGCCGGUGCAAGACUAACAUUUGCUCGGCAACACGAUAACUUAUGGAUGUUCAUGGUUGUACUCACUUCAUCAAUAGCAACAGUUUAUCAAUUGUACUGGGAUUUCGUUAAAGAUUGGGGUAUUCUUAACCGAAAUUCCAAAAACCGUUGGUUGAGAGACGAUUUGAUUUUGAAGAGCAAGAACAUUUACUACAUAUCAAUCUUUAUCAAUGUGCUGCUAAGAUUGGUUUGGAUAGAAAGCGUCACGCGUAUUAGCUCUCCAACAGGGUUCAUGGAGUCUCAAGUACUAGACUUCUUCUUGGCUUCACUAGAAAUUAUCCGACGCGGGCACUGGAACUAUUACAGGUUGGAGAAUGAACACUUGAACAAUGUAGGAAAGUUCAGAGCAGUAAAAUCAGUUCCCUUACCAUUCCGUGGCAUAGACAGCGAUGACUGAAAAUCGCUUGGCCUAGAACUUGUACAGAAUCCCGAGCAAUGGAAUGAAGCAAACCAAGACGUGUUGCAAGUGCUACUGCUCGAACAGACUACUGAAGGAUUAACUAGACCUCAUUGAGUUAGUCCGCGAGAAGUUUUGGUCUGAAGUGGAUCGUGAAAGGUUUUCAUAUACUAAUUUGAAUGGUGGGCAAAGGUAGACAAAAUAUUAAAACUCUUUUGUACAAUAAAUCAACAAACUAUGACUAUAAUUUAUGCUCAAGCUGAUUCAAUGUCAUUAAUAUUCCUUUACAAAGUCAAAUUGUUAUCUUGCUUUGUUCCUAUGAAACUUCCUAUCUAUAAUGUUGCCAUGUACUGUCCAAUUCAAACCCAGAAAAAGCUUAUGGAUGCUGAGUUUUUGAGUGCGAA